ACUUCUGUGACAAAGGCCUUUUCACUCAUCGAUCUCUAGUUAUGGAGAGUGGAGGGGUGGAUGGUCGUUAAGCUUUGAAGACGAUGAAGGGAAGGGAAAAAAUAGUGGUGGUAGCGUAGCUGGGGUUCGUUUUGCAUGGGACGAGUCUCCUUCUAUUUCCCAUGUCACAGUCAAAAUCACGAGCCCUGUGGUCUCACACGCAUCCUCUCAUACAAUACCCAUUUCACAAGUUUUAGUUUCUCACAUUUUUCUCUCCUCCCCAUCAGCUGCUUCAACCCUCUCGCUCUCUCUCUCUCUCUCUCACUCACUCACACACACACACACACACACACACACACACAGACUGUGUCCCGGUAUAAUAUAUAAACAAUAUUCUUCUACUCUCGAUUUGUUCUUUUCGUGCUCUCUUCCUCGUAGUUGAUCCACACAUCCUGUUUGUUCUGUUUUGGGUACCCUGAUUAAUUAGUUCAAGUUGUGUCUGUGCGAGAGAGAGAGAAGUAGAUAGAGGGAGAGAUAGAUGAGGAACUCCGCAAAUAACGUUAUGACGGAGAUAGAGGCAAGCAAACCACAAGGGAACGAGCUUGUGGUUGCGGGUUUGAGCCCUCUGAGCGAGACCCUGUGGAAGGAGAAGACCAACACAGAGUUGUUUGGGGACGUGUCGGCGAGGCUCACAUGGCAGGACCUCACGGUGAUGGUCACUCUGACGAAUGGGCACACCCAGAAGGUGCUGGAAGGCCUCACCGGCUACGCCGAGCCCGGCAGCCUCACUGCCCUCAUGGGCCCCUCUGGCUCCGGCAAAUCCACCCUCCUUGACGCCCUCUCCAGCCGCCUCGCCUCCAACGCCUUCCUUUCCGGUUCCAUCCUCCUCAAUGGUCGCAAAACCAAACUCUCCUUUGGUACUGCGGCAUACGUGACUCAAGACGACAACUUGAUCGGCACACUGACGGUGAGGGAGACCAUAUCGUAUUCCGCGAGGCUGCGCCUUCCGGAUAAGAUGCCGUGGGAGGAGAAGCGCGCGCUGGUUGAGAGCACAAUCGUUGAAAUGGGUCUUCAGGAUUGUGCGGAUACGAUGAUCGGGAACUGGCACUUGCGGGGGAUCAGUGGAGGGGAGAAGAGGAGGGUCAGCAUCGCUCUCGAAAUCCUCAUGAGGCCCAGACUCCUCUUCCUUGAUGAGCCUACCAGUGGCCUUGAUAGUGCUUCGGCUUUCUUUGUGACUCAGACAUUACGUGGGCUAUCUAGAAGUGGGAGGACUGUGAUAGCCUCAAUUCACCAACCUAGCAGCGAGGUUUUCGAGCUGUUUGAUCGCUUAUACCUGCUUUCGGGAGGCAAGACCGUCUAUUUUGGCCAGGUUUCCGAAGCAUACGAGUUCUUUGCACAAGCUGGCUUCCCCUGCCCUGCUCUGAGAAAUCCAUCUGACCAUUUUCUCAGGUGCAUCAACUCCGACUUUGACAAAGUCAAGGCAACUCUCAAGGGAUCCAUGAAAUUGCGGUUUGACGCAAGUGAUGAUCCACUGGACAAGAUCACCACAGCUGAAGCUAUCCGAACUCUUAUCGAAUUCUAUCGCACUUCUCAGUAUCGCUAUGCAGCCAAAGAAAAAGUUGCGGACAUGUCUAAAGUUAAAGGAACGGUGCUGGAUUCAGGAGGGAGUCAGGCCAGUUUCUUGAUGCAGGCAUUUACCUUGACCAAACGAUCCUUCAUCAACAUGUCAAGGGACUUUGGGUAUUACUGGCUAAGGCUUCUAAUCUACAUUGUGGUAACAGUAUGCAUUGGAACUAUAUAUUUGAACGUGGGCACUGGCUACAAUUCCAUUCUGGCAAGGGGCUCUUGUGCAUCAUUUGUUUUUGGUUUUGUUACUUUCAUGUCGAUUGGUGGGUUUCCUUCGUUUGUGGAAGAUAUGAAGGUUUUCCAAAGAGAGAGGCUGAAUGGACACUACGGGGUAACAGCAUUUGUGAUAAGCAACACAGUAUCUGCAUUGCCAUUCCUGAUAUUGAUCACCUUCAUCUCUGGAACCAUAUGCUAUUUCAUGGUCAACCUCCACCCGGGCUUUCAGCAUUAUGUGUUCUUCGUGCUGUGCCUCUAUGCAAGUGUGACUGUGGUUGAAAGCCUGAUGAUGGCCAUUGCCAGUAUCGUUCCCAACUUCCUCAUGGGCAUCAUCAUUGGCGCUGGAAUCCAGGGAAUAUUCAUGCUGGUUUCAGGAUACUUCAGGCUCCCUAACGACAUCCCAAAGCCUGUGUGGCGUUACCCAAUGUCUUACAUCAGUUUUCACUUUUGGGCUCUGCAGGGACAAUACCAAAACGAUCUGAGGGGCUUGAUGUUCGACAACCAAACGCCGGACCUUCCCAAGAUUCCGGGGGAGUACAUCCUGCAGAACGUCUUCCAAAUUGACGUCAACCGGUCCAAAUGGGUGGAUCUCAGUGUCAUCUUCAGCAUGAUCGUCAUCUACCGUAUCAUCUUCUUCAUCAUGAUCAAGGUGAACGAGGACGUCACCCCCUGGGUCAGAGGCUAUGUCGCCCGGCGGAGAAUGCAACACAGCAGCGGCAGUCAAAACACCAUGGUGGCUCCCGAUGGUGUCACCCUCACCCACUCCCCUUCCCUCAGGGCAUAUGUCGCCAAUCCUGCACCCGGGACUAGCAAGAGGUGAUAGACAAAAGAAGUACACUGUCAUUCAGUUAGUUUCACGAACUGGGUUGAUUUUAGUUUGAUCUCAAUGUUUUGUAAGCAAAUGCUCCUCGCUAGUCGACAAUUGAUGCACUGACCAACUAGGCAACAAUAUAUGAUGCAUACAUCAAUCUAUCAAUGUUUUUACUCCA